AUGUCUUUAGCCCCCGUCAACAUCUUCCAGGAUCAAGCAACUGAGGAAAGAGCUGAGAACGCUCGUUUGUCUUCCUUCAUUGGUGCUAUUGCAGUAGGUGAUCUUGUCAAGAGCACAUUAGGUCCCAAGGGCAUGGACAAGAUUCUUCAAUCAGCUACAACUGGCGAAAUUUUGGUGACCAACGAUGGUGCCACUAUCUUGAAAUCGAUUGCCUUGGAUAACGCAGCAGCCAAGGUUCUUGUCAACAUCUCCAAAGUCCAAGACGAUGAAGUUGGUGAUGGUACCACCUCUGUUUGUGUUUUAGCUGCUGAACUUUUACGUGAAGCUGAACAUUUGGUCAAUCAACACAUUCACCCUCAAACUAUCAUUGAAGGCUAUCGUCUUGCUUCUGCUGCUGCUUACAAGACUUUAGAAGCAAGUGCAGUCGAUCACAGUUUGGACAAAGAGCUCUUCCGCCAAGAUUUAAUCAACAUUGCCAAAACUACCCUCAGUUCAAAGGUGUUGUCUCAAGACAAGGAGUACUUUUCCAAAUUAGCUGUCGAUGCCGUGCUCCGUCUCAAGGGCUCUACCAACCUCGAAAAUAUUCAAAUCAUCAAGAAGCCCGGUGGAAAGUUGAUGGAUUCUUAUUUGGAUGAAGGUUUCAUUUUGGAUAAAAAGAUUGGUGUUAACUGUCCUAAACGUAUUGAAAACGCAAAUAUCUUGAUUGCCAACACAUCUAUGGAUACCGACAAGAUCAAGAUUUUCGGUGCACGUGUUCGUGUUGAUGCUACUGGUAAGCUUGCUGAACUCGAGCGUGCUGAGCGUAACAAGAUGAAGGAGAAGGUUGACAAGAUUAAGGCUCACGGUAUCAACUGUUUCGUAAACCGUCAAUUAAUCUACAACUGGCCCGAGCAAUUAUUAGCUGAUUCUGGCAUUGCCACCAUUGAACAUGCUGAUUUCGAGGGUGUUGAGCGUUUGGCCCUUGUUACUGGUGGUGAAAUCGCUUCUACCUUUGAUCAUCCUGAACUCGUCAAGCUGGGUCAUUGUGAUUUGAUUGAAGAGAUCAUCAUUGGUGAGGACAAACUGAUCAAGUUCUCUGGUGUCGCUGCUGGUGAAGCUUGUACCAUCGUUCUCCGUGGUGCUACACAACAAUUAUUAGACGAAGCCGAAAGAUCGCUCCAUGAUGCUCUCUCUGUGCUCUCUCAAACUGUCCGUGAGCCUCGCACUGUUUUGGGUGGUGGUUGUUCUGAAGUGCUGAUGUCCAAGGCCGUGGAUGAAGUCGCUGCAAAGACUGCUGGAAAGCGUGCCAUCGCUGCUGAAUCUUUCUCUAAAGCACUUCGUCAAAUGCCCACUAUUUUGGCUGAUAAUGCUGGUUUCGAUUCCUCAGAAUUGGUCUCUCAGUUGAGAGCUGCUCACUACGAAGGCCAAAACACAGCUGGUUUGGAUAUGGUGAAUGGCACAGUAGCUGAUGUUAGAGAAUUGGGUAUUACUGAAUCAUACAAGCUCAAGAAGCAAGUUCUUUUGUCUGCUUCUGAGGCUGCUGAGAUGAUUUUGAGAGUUGAUAACAUUAUUAGAUGUGCCCCUCGUCAAAGACAAGGUUAA